GACCCAGAAGUUAGUAACAAAAUAAAACAGGGGAAAACCUGCUCCCUCUGGAUCAUUAGUAAGAUGGAGAGAUAUACAACAAUGGAGAGAACAGAGUACAGUCGCGUCAACAUUAUGAUUAACAGCGGUGACGGUAACAUUAUGGACAGCUCACAGGAUCACAGCACAAACAUAGGGGCUCAUUCCGGUGCUAGGACCAAAAACACCGGCUUUAAUGCUGGAGCUAACAACUCAGGCCCAGGUGCAGGAGGUAUCAACAACAACCAUGGCCCUGGUGCCGGCGGUAUUAACAGUGGCGCCGGUGCUGGAUCCAUCAACGCUGACAGCAUUAAGGGAGGAGUCCAAUUUGAGUACCACAAUCCAAUUCCAAUGCAGAAGCAGUACUACUCUCCUCAGCCUACAUGGUUCCCAGAUAAUCAAACUGGAUCCAUGAAUUACCCGUUGCCCAAUGACCCAAUUCCCUAUGACCCUACAAGAUGUUUCAAUCACAACCCAGAUUUUGAUCUUCACUCCUAUUAUCACUCAGCAGCCGGCUCGAGAUAUCAAAACUCCCUUUAUCACCAUGAAUCCUAUUAUCACCAUAAAUCAACAGCAAGCUCAGAAUCUGAUGCUGAGGGUGAGGACGUAAUGGAUUAUAACAAUUUGGAUUCGAUCAUUCGCACUGCCCCAAACAAAGGAGUUAGGUCAGAGCUAGUGGGGAAUACGCUCUUUUUAUUUCUCGAUGACUAGAGAAUGAUCCAGAUUAAUUUGUAUUCUGUAUGUUGGUAUUUGAUCCAGUAGGUCUAGAUAAAUUGCCUCUUCAUAUGUAUAAGAAGGUUUUAUACAUAUAUAUCAAGUAGCUAAUGAUAUCUCUCUGCAGCUAAAUCGUUGUAACUUGCACGCUUAUUAGAAGAAAAUAUAUGCAAAACAUGGAA